CUUGAUAAACCCGGAGCCGGGCCAGCGCGCCCGCCCCGUGCCGCCGGAAGGAGGGCGGCUCCGCAGCGUGUGCGCCCCUCGCCAUGGCGGCGCCGUCGCGGUUCCUGAUACGCGGUGGGCGCGUGGUCAACGACGACUCCUCGCAGGUGGCCGACGUGCUGGUGGAGGACGGCGUGGUGCGGGAGCUGGGGCGCGACCUGCUGCCGCCCGGGGACGCGCCGGCCGGGCUGCGGGUCCUAGACGCCGCCGGCAAGCUGGUCUUGCCCGGCGGCAUCGACACGCACACGCAGUUCCCCUUCAUGGGCUCGCGGUCCGUGGACGACUUCUACCAGCGCACCAAGAUUCUUCUCAAAAUAUAUUGGCUACUUGAGAGAUGUCAUUACACUCCUGUGAUUUAUACAGAAGCAUACUGUCUUGUCCACUCUGACUGGCGGGCUUCCCCAUCAAGAAGUCUCUUAGUGAAACUCCAUGCCGCUCAGACUCUGAUUCUGAAAAAUCAACCUUCAAAUAUAAACAUUCCUGAAAUCAGAAAACUUUCUGAAGGCCAGAGUCCAAAAUCAAGAUGUUGGCAGGUCUGCACUCCCUCCAGAAGCUCUGGGGUAAGAUGACCAGCUUGUGACGGCUGUUGGUAAUCCUUGGCUUUCCUUGGCUUGUAGCUACAUCUCUCUGAUCUCUACCUCUGUCUUCACGUCUUCUCAUCUCCCCUGUGUCUCUCUUCUGAAGAUACUUAUCAUUGGACUUAGGUACCCCCCCGCCAAUUCUCAAUACUCCAGAGUGAUCUCUUCAUUUCAAGAACCUUAAAUUAGUUACAUCUGCAAAGAUCCUUUUUCUAAAUAAGGUAGCAUUCACAGAUUCCUGGAAUUAGGAUGCAGAAGUCUUUUUUUUUUUUUAACUAAUGAACUUUUAAAAUUGAAAUUUAGUUGAUUUACAAUACUGUAUUUGUUUCAGGUAUACAGCACAGUGAUUCGUAAACCAAAUAAAUCUUUUAUGUUUAAAGUACACUAUAGUUUCCAAAGCAUUUUCAUUUUGAAUAUGAAUUAACAUUAACAUUAGCUGAACAUCACUCCAAACACCUUACUUUGGAGGUAAGUAUCAAUAUAUACCUCUUAGAUGGAUAUCUAAGAUUCUUAGGAUCCUCAGAUACAUGUAACCAACAGAGAGAGAAGGCACAUUGAAAAUGUGAUUUUGCAUAAGAAGCAGUGUGAUUUGGUGGAUGGGCACAUAGUCGCUGGAGCCCAACUACCUGGGUUCUAUGUAGAUCCUACCUCUUAUUGGUUGUGUGAUGAUGGGCAAGUCACUCCACCUCUCUGUGCCUCAAUUUCCUCAACCAUAAACUGUGGAUGUCAAUAAUCCCCACCUCACAGGGUUUCCUUGAGGAUGAAAAAGUGCUUAGAACACCAUCUGGUACAUUGUAAGCUUUCAGUUAAGGACCAUCGUUUUCCUCGGUCUGAUUUCCAACAGACAGAAGACCAAGGAGGAGCAGAGACAGGUAAGGAUAAGGAGAGGAGGAGUCAUUGCUGGGUCUGGGCUCUGUACACUCUUCUGCAAUUCUGUCAGAUGUUUUAAGCAGAAGUUCAUCCAUCAUUUUUGGAGGUGUUUUACUCCCCCAGGUCCCAGGCAGCUCCCUAAGACUUCCAGGGAUCCUGAGAACAGGAUGUCUUUUGUCUCUUCUAGAGCCUUCUGUGGGUGGUUGGGGGAUGGGUAGCAAACAGUCCAAGGAGAACAUUUGCUUUCUUGUCGAGCUUUUACCUGUCUUUCCACCUCGUCCCCUUUUCAUUUCAUUAGACAGGGAGUUUCACCUUAGCUCAUCCUCUUCGUGCUCUGACACCGCACGGCACACAUUUGGUUCGAGAAUCACCGAGAGGUAGGCAGGACUUGUAAGACUGUGACCAUAUUACUGAUGAGAAAGCCAACUGUCAUAAAGUAAAGCUAUUUGCUCAGGGUUGUACAAGGCUGUAAGGAAGAGCCAACGCCGUGAGUCUAUAACAAGAGCUCAUUGCUCUUGUCCUAGAAUCUAUUCACUCAGUGUUUACCGGGUCAAUGAGGGUCAGGUUGCACUGAUGCAGGGGGCAGAGGGGACAAAGAUUAAUAAAUAUAGAUCUUCUGUUUUAAAAAAAUUUUGUUCUUUGGCUGCACUGUGGAGCAUGUGGGAUCUUAGUUCCCCGACCAGGGAUUGAACCUGUGCCCCCUGCAUUGGGAGCGUAGAGUCUUAACCACUGCACCGCCAGGGAAGUCUCUCCCUGUGGAUCUUCUAGCAUGUUCAGAAGAGGUUUCCAUCAACACAGCUGGUUGGAGCAUUUGAUCUCAUCAGGUAGUUUGUACCUGAGAGAAUUAAGGUCUCCAUCAACAUGUUUGAAGGCUGCAUGGUGCAGAUACAACUGUGCCGAUUUUAAAAUAUGGUAAGUUGAUUCUAACAUUCUUCCAGAAGAGAAAAAGUGUGAGAAUGUCAAAGAAUAUUUCGAACAAGAGAAAGAUAGGAGACUUGUCCUACCAGAUACAAAAACAUAUUAGAAAUCAACAAUAGUUGGAAAGUUCUGACAUUAGCCAAGGCAAGACAAACCGCUCACCAAGCGACUAUGGAUCCAUACGAAGAAGUAUUUGAAGGAGAAAGGAUGGCCUUUUUAUAAUUGUGGAGUGGGGACACCUUUUUAGCAAGGCAAAAUUUCCAGGCCAUAAUGGAAGACACUGACGGACUUGAUAGUAUAAAAAUUUGAAAUAGUUGUAGAGAGAAAGAUAACAAAGUCAAGAAAAGAAAUUAAAAAAAACUUGUCAUAUAGAUACCUGAUAAAACUAUUUGUUGGUACCUAUCCAAAGAAAGACUUUGCAAACUCUUGGACUCAAGAUUCCAAUUCUAAAAUCCACAUCGUAGAAAUUCCCACAGAGGCACAUAUAGUUACAUGUUCCAGGAUGUUCAUUUCAGCAUUGUUUGUCGUAGGAAAAAAAUAAGAAACUUAAAUGUCUACGAAAAGAAAAUUAGUCAAAUAAAUUGUAACACAUCCAAACUACAGAAUACUCUUCAUAAAGUAAAAGGAAUGAAGGCCUGGUAUAGAAAAAUUCCUAGGUUAAGUCAGAACAAGGAACAAGAACAAGGCUGUUGUUCUGCAUUUAAAAAAAUCUAUUUGAAUAUAGGUAUAUAUGUAAAUAGAAACCGGUCCUGGAGGAUCUCCAAUGAACUGUGAAUAAGAGUUACCCCUGGGAAGGGGAGUGGAAUGGGUGGAAAUAGGAUUUUCAAGUUUUAUUCUUCAUGCCUCCUUAUUGUUCGGAUGUUUAAUUUGAACAUGUAAUCACUGUGUAAUUUUAAAAAUGUAAACAACGAGGAAGCAAGGCUCCUCAUCCCCAGGGACGAAGAAUAAGGACUUUGCACAUCCAUCUAAGCUGGGGAGUCAGACGAGCCGGGAGGCCACCCAGCCACUAAGGGACAGAAAACAGAUGUGGAGGAACCGUGGGCCACGUGCACUCACCAAUCCCCUGGUGCUCAGCUCCAAGCAGAGACUGUGGGUCGAUUGCCCAGGGCAAAUGAGGGUUUUCUCUUCACUUGAACAAAAGAAAUCAAGAAUGUGGAAGAGGCAGAUGUGACAGCCAUAAAAUGAUGUAUCACCCACAGAUCUGAAGCCGUGGAAAUGGCAACUCAGCCCUGUUCUAACUCAACUCAGCUCAGCAGCAGCAGUGUUAGGAUGCGCAGAUAGAGAGACAUCUCUGCUAUCCCGGUAGGGCACUCAGGCCUGCCUGCAUGGAGGCAGCCUCUUGGGAGGUCUGGCCUCCAGACCUCUACUAGUUCUGAGCUUGUGAGCUGAGAAAGGGCUAAGCUGCAAAUACAAGUCUUUCUUACCUGCAAGGAGCUGGGAAACCCGACAACACACCACACUUUAACUGCCUCUUUCACUUUCACUGGCAUCAGAGCCUAAACACGCUGGGAAUUUGAACAGAGGUCUCUCUCUUCAGCUCCAGCCCCCAGGGUGGGUGGGACACUCAGUUUCUCAGCUAUCAGCCCCCUUGUGGGAGAUGGAGGGGUGGGCUUGGAAUUAACUGCCAGGAGAUCUGGACUGUCAACAGAACAUGCAGGAAGCUGGUUCUAAGCCGUGCAUGUGAAUUAAGGGAACAGAAAUACUCCUUCAGUCUUCAGUAUUUGGGGUGGCUUCCAUAAAGCAGUUGCAGGAAAAAUCACGGACCUGGAUGUCAUGUAAGUCCUAAGCCCUCCUGGAGUGAUUUCCUACUGGAUCAUGUAAGAGGUAAGAGAUCUGCACUCCUGUAUCGAGUUCUUUUUGCCAAUUUGUCUCAUUCACAUUAUUAUCAUUAAUAAUAAUAAUAACACAUAUUUUGUACUUACUACACAUCAGGUGCAAUUUAAAGUAUUUCCAUGUAUCGUCUCACCUAAUUCUCACAACGGCUCUGUGGGCUGGGGCACGAUUACUCUCAUUUCACAGAUGGAGAAACUGAGGCACAGUCAGUUUAAGCCACUCUCCAGGUUCACACGGAUGGCAGGUGGUGAUGCUGGUUGUCCUCUAGAUGACCUGACUCCAGGGCUUCCUCUGCACUGUGCAUGGAACCAUCGGCAGCCUCCUCAGAUGUCACGGGGUCUGUGGACUAAAUGAGGGUGAGAGGACAAAGGGGCCCAUGGUGACGAGCAGCAUGGAGCGUGCCUCCAAGGAAGUUCUUGGAAGCCAUUAAGCAGGGGAGGGAUGGCGUGGGGCUCAGGGGACAGUCACUCUGAGGAUAAGUACCAACAAUUGGGGGAAUGGAACCCAAGAUUUGAAGUUUUCUGGCUUGUGCAUUGUCAUCAAAAUAGGACAUUGGUUGGUGUGAGGCCGAACAAAGGGGCCUCCACAUCCCCUGCGGGAAAGGUGUGUAUGGGUAGUUCUUUCUCAGUGACAGAGGUCUGUCUGGAGACGAGGAGAAUUUUCCAACUUGGCCUGGGAAACACUAAGACAGCAGGAGGAUUUAAGAUAAUUCAAAUAUAGUCCUUCAGCCCAACUCUCUAUUUCACAGAAAGAACUUGUUCAGUGAGGAGUAGGGUCUUGUCCAAGGACUCAUGGCUAUUGAGUAAAUGAGCUACGACCAGACCCUGUUCUGUUUUCGAAUUUGCCUUGGGCUGCCUCCUGUUCUGUUCUGGCAUACUGUCCUCUGUGCUGACGCCUGCCACCCCCUCCAAGUCAUAGACUUCCAAAUGUUCAUCAUGGACAACACAGAUAAAGUAUUUGAUGUAAUGACUGGAAGAAAGUCAGUUCAUUAGUAGCUAUGUUCAUUAUCAGAGAUUCAUACUUGAUUCAACGGUUUCUAGUAUAUUCAGAGAGUUGUGCACUCAUCACCACAAUCCGGUUAUAGAACACCUCCUGGAAAGGUCUCCGGUGCUGACAGUCUUCAUCAGUCAAUCUCAUUCUCACCCCCAGCCGCAGGCAACCACUAACUUAUCUUCUUUUUAGAUUGGCUUUCUCUGGACAUUGAAUAUACAUGGAAUCACAUAAUUUCGUGGUUGUUUUCAUCUGGUUUCUUCACUUACCAAAAUGUGGUUUUUUUUGAGACUUAUUUAUCCAUUUCUUUUUAUUGCUGAAUUGUAUUCCAUUGUAUGAAUAUACCACUUUUUGUUUACUCAUUCAUCAGUUGGCAGACAUUUGAAUAUCAUGAAUAAUCCUGCUAUGAAUAGGGCUUCCCUGGUUGCACAGUGGUUAAGAAUCUGCCUGCCAAUGCAGGGGACACGGGUUCGAGCCCUGGUCGGGGAAGAGCACACAUGCCGCGGAGCAACUAAGACCAUGCGCCACAACUGCUGAACCUGUGCCCUAGAGCCCGCGAGCCACAACUACUGAGCCCACGUGUUACAACUACUGAAGCCCGUGCGCCUAGAGCCCGUGCUCCACAAGAGAAGCCACUGCAAUGAGAAGCCUGUGCACUGCAACGAAGAGUAGCCCCCGCUCGCCGCAACUGGAGAAAGCCCGCGUGCAGCAACAAAGACCCAAUGCAGCCAAUAAUAAAUAAAUAAAAUAAAUUUAAAAAAAAAUCCUAUGAAUACUUGUGUACAAUUUUUUGCACAAACGUUUGUUAUUAUUUCUCUUGGAAGUGGAUUUGCUGGCCCACAUGACAAAUUUGUAUUAACUUAAGAAACUGCCAAACUUUUCCAAAGUAGUUGUACCAUUUUACCUUUCCACCAACAAUGUAGUUUCCAAUUUUUUCCGUAUCUUGCCAAUAUUUGGUGUUAUCUUUUUGAUUAUAGUCAUUCUAGUGUGUAAUAGUAUCUCUUUGUAGUUUUAACUUGCCAUUUCUCUGAUGACUAAUGAGGUCGAAUACGUUUUCAUGAGUUUAGAUAUUUGAAUGUCUCUCUUGAUGCAAUGUCAAGUCUUUCACCAUUUUAAAAUUAUGCUUUUGGAUUUCUUAUUUUGGGGUUGUGUUCUUUAUACUUAUGGAUACACAUCUUUUAUUAUAUAUGAUUGGCAAAUAUUUUCUCACAGUCUGUGACUUGUCUUCAUUUCUUUCAAGCUGUCUUUUGAAGAACAAAUUAAACAAUGAGUUAAUGAAGCUUAAUUUACCAAUUUUUCCUUUUAUGGCUUACGCUUUUGGUAUUGUAUCUAUGUUUGCCUAACCAAAGAUUUAAAAUAUCUCCUCCUGUGCUUUCUCUUAGAAGUUUCGUAGUUUUUAAGCUUUAUAUUUAGGCCUGUGGUCCACGUGUCCUAACCUGACUCAAAGCCCCACUUUUCCUGAGCUAGAGCCUCCUGUGGACAACAGAAAGGGACCCAUUGUGGGUGGCUUCUUUCUCCCCUGGGGGCAACUGUUGAGUGGAAACCAGCUCAAAAGGUUUCCAUGCUGCUCACCCAGCCACUGCCUUUCUAAACAGAGGUCCGUUGAUAGAGCACUUCAGAACCCUCUCUCUCUCACUGUUUCUAAAACAGCAUUGAGGUUUGAGAUGACUGUUGUUUCUCAACAUUUUGCUUGUUUCAUACAAAUUUACUGCUUCCAGUAGAUAUUUUCUGUGGUGUAUAUUACCAGAUUGUGGUCACUCUACAGCUUUAAUAUAAAGACUCUAUUUUUGGUUCGUGUUGAUGUGUUUCAAGUAUUGAAGUUAAAUAAUGUGUGAGCAUUAAAUAAUGUUAAUAAAGUUAAAUAAUGU